GGAGACAGAUAUUUAGAUUUAUUGGCUAUUAUUACAGAUUCUACAUAUAUUCCACCAUAUCAGAGUAAUCGAAACACUCCAAGAAUUUCCAACAACUGUCCCGCAGUUGAUCACAGACACUUCUGCUGUUAAUGGACAAACAAUUGAACAACAAGCUAAAAGGCGACGAAUCAGCUUAACUGGCCAACACAUUUCUGAUGAACCUGCAUCAUGUGAAGAUGAGCAGUUCAUGGUAUCAACAGAAUGGCAGAGCUUAAUGUGGUCAACAUGUCAUCAAUUAACACUAGUUUUAUACUCAUUAUCUAAAUAUGAUGAUUGUUUACAUUUCACUAGACUAGCUUUACAACUAGAACCAGAAAACAGUGAGAGUUGGUAUAUAUAUGUUGAGAUCCAAGAGAAAUUACAGAAUGAAAGAGAAGGAUAUAAAAGUUGGUUGAAUCAUAGAACUAUACCAGAUAAUAAUUCUUCUAUUAUAGCUAGACAAAUACAACAUAAACAGUCUUCAAUAAGGUCAUUGGAAGAUAAGAAGAAUGAUGAAGUCCAUCAAAGGGAAAGAAAAUAUCUUCAAUUAGAUGUUAAAGCUUUACAGUAUUUUGCCCAACAAAAAAGGUGAUACUGACUUAUCAAAGGUCCAAAAAGAGAAGGAAAUGCAAUUCAUAUUGCUAGGGUUAUGCUAAUUUUGCAGGUUUGUUCUUACAUGCACUUCCAGAGUAAAUUACUUCUUUGUUAUGAAUCCUUAGAGGCAAAAGAAGAAUUGGAAACCAAAAGAAUGAGUAUCUAUUUCAGUUUUCUACUAUCUUUGUGCUUUGGUUGGUAAAUUUGUCAAUUUUGUCUAUGUGAUGUUGAAUACUUGAGUCAAUAAAAAUUAUAAUUUUUAAUACUGAAUGAAUAGAAACAUCCCUCACAUAAAUUUCAUCUGUACCAUGUGAAAUACAAUCUUUAAGUGAAAAUUUGUGGUCAUGUUUAUAGUUCUAUCAAUGCAAAUUAAAUGGUCGUUGUUAUUUUUUGGUUAUUGUCAAUAAAUCAUGUUAAA